AUGGACGAACCCAAAGCCCCCGCUGCCGGCCCUGUCCGCGCCGCCACUCCUCCCCCCCGCUCAGAUCGCGGCCGCUUGGAGUCGAGACACAACCCUGACGGCGCCUCGAAUCGAUCCCUCCGAAGCAGCGCCCGAAUGAGCGAUGUCUCCCGCGCCAGUCCCUUUGAUGUCGACGCCGUCGACCACGCUUUGCUACGCGAGUUUCAGCGACCCCAGCGCGAGAGCACUCCAGGCUCCAGUCCUCAUCGCAAACGCCAGCGGAUAAAUGGUGAUCGAUUCAUUCCGACUCGCUCAGGCCAGGACCUCCAGGCCAGCUUCAGCUUGCUGCACGAGGAUGGGUCCCCCGCCACUCCCUCCAAACAAAAGAAGCGUACCCCCCACGGCGAACUUCACUUCCAAAAGACGGAAGAGGCAAACCGAACCUUUUCAACAUUGCUACGCGCCGAGCUGUUUGAGAGCUCAGUCCCCCAAGCAACCACACCCACACUAUCUCCCGAUCAUGCCCUACCUACCUCUUCCCAUGUUCCCGCUCACGAUGGCACCCGAUCCCAUACCCCUCCAAAUAACGCCUCUGUCAUCUCCCUGCCGUCCUCAUUGACGCCAUCAACUCCUCACAAAAACCUCUUCUCCUACAUGUCCCCACGCCAUCAUAGCCACGUUGCCGGGCAUCCAACUCCGUCAAAGACACCUCAAAGCAGGCAUGGGCCGAACCUAGAUACUCGGGCUGAGAUCUACAGCUUAUCUCCCGUUCGCUUUGGUAGUCAACAAAUGCUGUUAAGUCCCCGACGUCAACCGAGAGCCGUUAGCAAGGUGCCCUACAAAGUCCUGGAUGCCCCUGAACUCGCCGAUGACUUCUACCUGAACCUGGUAGAUUGGGGAAGCGCCAACAUUCUGGGUGUCGGCCUGGGUUCCAGUGUCUACAUGUGGAACGCCCAAACGAGCAAAGUGAAUAAGCUUUGUACACUGGAGGACGACACAGUCACCAGCGUGUCUUGGAUCCAAAAAGGUACCCACCUUGCCAUUGGCACUGGCAAGGGUCUAGUACAGAUAUGGGACGCUGAGAAGGCCAGGAGACUCAGAACUAUGACUGGUCACACGGCAAGAGUUGGAUCUUUGGCGUGGAAUACUCAUAUUCUGACUUCUGGGUCACGAGAUCGAUUAAUCUACCACCGAGAUGUCCGAGCCCCAGACCAGUGGAUGAGGAAGCUCGUGGGUCAUAAGCAAGAGGUGUGUGGGCUGAAGUGGAACUGCGAGGAUGGGCAGUUGGCUAGUGGUGGAAACGACAACAAGCUCAUGGUCUGGGAUAAGCUCUCGGAAACCCCAUUGUGGAAAUUUUCAGACCACACCGCGGCCGUCAAGGCGAUCUCAUGGUCGCCACAUCAACGUGGCCUACUUGCCUCGGGAGGCGGUACGGCAGAUCGUCGCAUCAUCUUCCAUGACACUGUCAAAGGUACCGUCAUCAAUGAGAUUGAUACGGGUAGCCAAGUGUGCAAUCUUGCAUGGUCGAAGAACUCCAAUGAGAUCGUCUCAACACAUGGAUACAGUCAGAAUCAAAUCGUUGUCUGGAAGUACCCGUCCAUGACCCAAGUAGCCAGCUUGACUGGUCACACGUACCGAGUUCUGUAUCUGGCCAUGAGCCCAGAUGGCCGAGUUGUUGUGACUGGCGCCGGAGACGAGACAUUGAGGUUCUGGUCGGUAUUCGGUCGACGUCCUGGAGCCCGGGAAGAGGGCGAAGCUGGUGGUCGACUCGCUGACUGGGGCGUCAUCCGGUAA